AUGAGCAUAGCAAUUGUAGAUUUACAAGAAUUUAAGGAUGAAAAAACUAAAUUUAUAUUAAAAGAAUUGGCAAUCCCGAAAAAUGCCGAUUCGAAAUAUGAUAUUCAAAAUUCGGCAGGUUGUUUAUUUAUUGAAAAUGGUGGCGAUUCAACAAAACCAAAUAUAUUUCAAAAAGAAUAUGUGGAAACACUUUUCUAUCAAUUGAGUCUUAGAAAAUAUCGUUGUAGGCUUCAUCUAAAGUAUACGAAAAUUAACUCGGAUGAAGAUAUGUUUGAUAUGAUAAUAUCAACAAAUGAAAUCCCAGAUAAUUUUUAUUUAAUACAGGAUGGUGAAGCCAACGAAGACAACGAAGACAAUAAUAUAGAAGAGAUGGAAAUUGAGGAUAGUGUAGAUGACGAAUCGGAAAAUGAGGAAAUUGAUGAAAGUGUAGAUGAGGAAUUGGAAAAUGAAGAUAGUGAAUAUGAUGAGACUGUAGAUGAUGAAGAAUAG